AUGGCAUGCAAUCGAGCAGUGUCUCUUCUCUCAGCCGUGCGCCGGGCACAGCCAGCCCGCCUGCCCCGUCUGAAAGCCGUCCCGUCCCCCUCGACGCAGCGAUGGCACCCAGCAUACUCGACGACCACCGAGGAUACUCCCCCGCCCUUCCUGCAGAGGCUCAAGGGAGACCUCAAGACCGCCAUGCGAGCCAGGGACGCACCGCGACUGUCCGUGCUACGAUCCAUCAUAUCUGCCAACCUCAACGCCUCCAAGACCGCCAACCCGGUUCGGACCGACGUGCAGCUUGUCGCCCUGAUGCGCCGUAUUCAAAAGAAUGCCCUAGAUGCCGCGGCUGAUGCCAAGGCCGCGGGGCGCCAAGAUAUCGUCGAGAAGGAAAACGUACAGAUCCGUAUUCUGGACGAGUACCUGGCCGGCAGCGGUAUCCAAACCCUGGGAGAAGUCGAGCUAAAGGCAUUGAUACAGGAAGCAGUUGAUGCUUCCAAGGGUGCUGGAACGGCAACAAGGUCCCUUAUAGGUGACGUGAUGAAGCGCUUGUCCAGCGCCUUGGAGGGCAAGGAUGUGGACAAGAAGGCCGUUGCCGACAUGGUCAAAGAGUUGGCUGGCCGAUAA